AUGAGGAGGCUUGCUUAUUUACUUGUUUCUAUCACAAUUACUUAUGCCUGUGAGUGUGGUCCGUCAUCGUACUACACAUUUGAAGAAGAAUUUUGCAAAAGAGAUUAUGUGACGCAUGCGAAAGUUCUAGACAAAUCGGAUUUUUAUGUUUAUGGACAUCCGGGUUUUAAGUAUGCCAUAGAAUAUAUAACUAUCUACAAGAUGCCUAAGGCACUGUCUGAAUUGGCAAACACAUUAUACUCUCUUUCACCAUCUGAGGACUGUGGACUCGAACUUGACCCCGGGAAGGAAUAUCUCCUAUCAGGUGUUAUUGUGCUGGACGGAGAAGUUCAGUUGUUAACUCCCUGUGAAGCAGAAGUUGGCCUUUUGAAACAAUGGGAUCAAGUUUCGGCGGCAGAGGAAUAUAAACUGAGUACCCUUGAAUGUGUAGACCAACUUACAUAA